AUGGCUAAAACAUACGAUUAUUUAUUCAAGCUUUUACUAAUUGGCGAUAGUGGAGUAGGAAAAACUUGCGUCCUUUUUCGUUUUUCUGAUGAUUCGUUCAAUAAUUCGUUUAUAUCCACAAUUGGCAUUGACUUCAAAAUCAGAACUAUUGAAUUAGACGGAAAGAAAAUUAAACUGCAAAUAUGGGAUACUGCUGGACAGGAACGUUUCCGUACUAUCACAACAGCAUAUUAUCGUGGAGCAAUGGGUAUAAUGCUAGUGUAUGACAUUACCAAUGAAAAAUCCUUCGAGAACAUAAAAAAUUGGAUUCGGAAUAUCGAAGAACACGCUUCGCAAGAUGUAGAAAGAAUGAUUAUCGGGAACAAAUGUGACAUCGAAGAUAGGCGUCAGGUGUCUCGAGACAGAGGACAACAGUUAGCCAUUGAAUAUGGUACAAAGUUCAUGGAAACUUCUGCGAAAGCUAAUUUCAACGUUGAAGAAGCUUUCUUCACCCUUGCACGUGAUAUUAAAGCUAAAACUGAAAGGAACCACGGAUCAUCUGCUAAUCCGACUGGAAAAGUCAAUGUGGGAUCGAGUGGUCAUCAAAAGAAAAGCUUCCUUAGUGGAUGGGGUUGCUCCCUAUAG